UACAGAUCCCUCUUCCUUGUUUAAGUCUUCUACUUAAACUGUGUUGGUUUUACAUUUGUUUUUGAUUAUUAAUUUUUUGAUUUUAAUUACAGUCACUGACAGUGAAAAAUACAUUCAUUCUGAUUCUCAUCCCUUUUGACACUCCCACAUUGAAUGUGUAUGUACUCUUGAAUCAAAUCUACAGUUCCUUUCUUUACAUCACACCCUUUUCAAAAGCCUAUAUAUUUCCAACAUCCUACAAUACUUUCUUUUGUGUAGUAGUUUCAUCACUUUCCAUCUCCCUCUCUCUGUCUACCUCCUCAUUUUGCAAAAUACAACUAUUGGCUUAUUAGGUGUUUUCUGAAUCCAAAACCCUUUUGAUUUCUUCUUGUUGUUUUGAGAAACAAUGAUAAUAUAAAGUCUGGGUUUUGAAUGUUUUCUUGUGUUUUUGAGUUAAAGACUAAUUUUUGCAAUCUGGGUAUCUGCCAUUCACUUGAAUCUUCUUGAUUUUGUGUGAGUUUUUUUCUGUUUUGUUUGAUAUUUUGUGAUAAGAUCUCAAAUCAUGUAAAUUAGCCUUAUUCUGUGAGUGAGUAUUUUCAUUUUGUCUCAUUACAUUUCCGUGAAGUGUUAUCUGAUCAUGUAAAUUUAUCUAGAUUUUAGAUUUUUCUUCUCUAUCCCUUUUAGGGGGUAUUUUCUUAGUUUUAAUCCAAACCCAUUAUUAAAUCAAGAGAGCUUAGUCCUGUGAUUAUACAAACAAAUCCAUGGAGGAGACCUUUGUUCCUUUACAAGGAAUCAAGAAUGACAUUAAAGGAAGGCUGAAAUGCUACAAGCAAGAUUGGACUAGUGGCUUCAGUGCUGGUUUAAGAAUUUUGGCUCCUACAACAUAUAUAUUUUUCGCUUCAGCAAUACCAGUUAUUUCAUUCGGCGAACAAUUGGACAGGAGCACUGAUGGAGUUCUGACCGCGGUUCAAACAUUAGCAUCAACUGCACUUUGUGGGAUAAUACAUUCACUUAUAGGAGGUCAGCCUUUGCUGAUUCUUGGAGUUGCUGAGCCCACCGUGCUUAUGUACACUUUCAUGUUCAACUUUGUUAAAGAUAGACCUGAAUUGGGACCAAAGCUCUUUCUUGCAUGGUCUGCAUGGGUAUGUGUAUGGUCUGCAGCCUUGCUAUUCUUACUGGCUGUCUUGGGGGCUUGCUCCAUCAUCAAUAGAUUUACUCGUGUGGCUGGAGAACUUUUUGGUCUGCUUAUUGCUAUGCUCUUUAUGCAGGAAGCAAUUAGAGGAAUUAUUGAUGAAUUUCGCAUUCCAAGAAGAGAAAAUCCAGACCUACCAGAGUUUAGUCCAUCAUGGAGAUUUUCAAAUGGGAUGUUUGCAUUAAUUAUGUCAUUUGGUUUGUUACUCACUGGACUGAAAAGUCGGAAAGCACGAUCAUGGAGAUAUGGCUCUGCGUGGGUUCGAGGUAUCAUUGCAGACUACGGUGUGCCUUUGAUGGUUCUUGUUUGGACUGCUGUUUCAUAUAUCCCAGCCAAUAAUGUUCCACAUGGUAUCCCUAGGCGGCUCUUCAGCCCAAAUCCGUGGUCGCCUGGUGCCUACGCUAACUGGACAGUCGUCAAAGACAUGCUAAAUGUGCCUAUCCUUUAUAUAUUUGGAGCUUUUAUCCCAGCAACGAUGAUCGCAGUGCUUUAUUAUUUUGACCAUAGUGUAGCAUCUCAACUUGCACAGCAAAGCGAGUUCAAUUUGAGAAAACCAUCUUCUUUCCAUUACGAUUUACUUCUUUUAGGAUUCCUGACUCUAUUAUGUGGUCUUCUUGGUAUCCCACCAUCUAACGGCGUCAUCCCACAAUCUCCAAUGCAUACAAAGAGUCUUGCCACUCUCAAACACCAGUUGCUUCGAGAUAAACUAGUGGUCACUGCCAAGAGAAGUAUGGAGGAUAAUGCAAGUUUGGGAGAAGUCUACGGCAAUAUGCAAGAAGCUUAUCAACAGAUGCAGAGUCCAUUAAUCUACCAAGAGCCAUCUGCUCGACAAGGAUUAAAGGAAUUAAAAGGGACAACUCUUCAGUUAGCUUCUACUGUGGGACACAUCGAUGCCCCGGUUGAUGAGACGGUAUUUGAUGUUGAAAAAGAGAUUGAUGAUUUGUUACCUGUUGAGGUCAAAGAACAACGAGUUAGUAACUUGCUUCAAUCAACCAUGGUGGGAGGCUGUGUUGCAGCUAUGCCUUUACUUAAAAUGAUUCCAACCUCUGUACUGUGGGGUUAUUUCGCGUUUAUGGCCAUUGAGAGCUUACCCGGAAAUCAGUUCUGGGAGAGAUUCUUAUUAAUCUUCACUGCUCCAAGUAGAAGAUACAAGGUUCUUGAGGAGUACCAUGCCACUUUUGUAGAAACUGUACCUUUCAAAACAAUUUUGACUUUCACAUUAUUUCAGACAACUUACUUACUAAUUUGUUUCGGAAUUACAUGGAUUCCAAUAGCUGGGGUGUUAUUCCCCUUAAUGAUCAUGCUAUUGGUUCCUGUAAGACAAUACAUACUCCCCAAAUUUUUCAAAGGGGUGCACCUUCAAGAUUUAGAUGCAGCAGAAUAUGAAGAAGCGCCCGCUUUACCGUUCAACAUCUCAUGUGAGGGGGAGGUUUCCAGAGCUCCUUUUGCAGACGAUGCAGAGAUUCUAGAUGAGAUGCUUACUCGAAGCCGUGGUGAAGUUCGUCGGAUGUGCAGUCCUAAGAUAACAAGUUCCAACUCAACCCCAAGAGACCCAAAAAGCUUUCGAAGCCAAAGCUUUAUGGACAAAUCACUCACUAGUCCCCGCGUGUAUGAACUAAGAAGCUCAAGUUUUGGGGGAAGAAUGCCAGUUAGUCCAAGAGAUGCAGAAGCGAGACCAUCUAAAUUGGGACAAACCCCAACUCAUUAAGGGCAAAAAAUACUUGUACUAGCUUUAUGUGUGGUUUCUUCUGUUGGCUCUACGUUAGCCUCUUCGUCUUUGUGUGGCUUUGUGAUGUUGGAGUUUGGCUAACAUUUGUUGUAAAAUCUUGUUCUGCAUGUGUUUAAGCUUCCUUCUCUUACCCGAGAAGACUGUAAUGAUUAAACCAUAGAGAUAAUUCUAAUAUAUUUUUCAUUU